GAGCGGAGCAGCCCCCCCAUGCUGUCUGCGGACGAUGCAGAGUACCCGCGGGAGUACCGGACCCUGGGGGGCGGGAGCGGCGCGGGCGGCGGGGGCCGGCGCUUCUCCAACGUGGGGCUGGUGCACACGUCCGAGCGGCGGCACACGGUGAUCGCAGCCCAGAGCCUGGAGGCGCUCAGCGGCCUCCAGAAGGCGGAUGCCGACCGCAAGCGCGAUGCCUUCAUGGACCACCUGAAGAACAAGUACCCCCAACACGCCCUGGCCCUGCGGGGUCAGCCCGACAGGAUGCGAGAGCAGCCAAACUACUGGAGUUUCAAGACCCGCAGCUCGCGCCACACUCAGGGAGCCCAGCCCGGGCUGGCAGACCAGGCAGCCAAGCUGUCAUACGCCUCGGCUGAGUCGCUGGAGACCAUGUCGGAGGCGGAGCUGCCCCUGGGCUUCAGUAGGAUGAACCGCUUCCGACAGAGCCUGCCCCUCUCCCGCUCCGCCAGCCAGACCAAGCUGCGCUCGCCAGGGGUGCUGUUCCUGCAGUUCGGGGAGGAGACUCGGCGCGUGCACAUCACGCACGAGGUCAGCAGCCUGGACACGCUGCACGCGCUCAUCGCGCACAUGUUCCCGCAGAAGCUCACCAUGGGCAUGCUCAAGUCGCCCAACACCGCCAUCCUCAUCAAAGACGAGGCUCGCAACGUCUUCUACGAGCUGGAGGACGUCCGGGACAUCCAGGACCGAAGUAUUAUCAAGAUCUAUAGGAAGGAGCCUCUUUACGCCGCUUUCCCUGGCUCACACCUUACCAACGGGGACCUCCGGAGAGAGAUGGUGUAUGCUUCACGGGAGUCAUCGCCCACACGGCGUCUCAACAACCUGUCGCCGGCGCCGCACCUAGCGUCCAGCUCUCCGCCCCCGGGCCUGCCAUCCGGGCUGCCAUCCGGGCUACCGUCGGGACUCCCGUCCGGGCUCCCUUCCGGGCUCCCGUCCGGGCUCCCCUCGGGGCUGCAGUCGGGCUCGCCGUCACGCUCACGCCUCUCCUACGCCGGGGGACGCCCGCCCUCCUACGCUGGCAGUCCGGUGCACCAUGCGGCCGAGCGGCUGGGGGGUGCCCCAGCCGCCCAGGGCGUCAGCCCCAGCCCCAGCGCCAUCCUGGAGCGGCGCGAUGUGAAGCCGGACGAGGACCUGGCAGGCAAGGCGGGCGGCAUGGUGCUGGUGAAGGGCGAGGGCCUCUACGCUGACCCCUACGGGUUGCUCCACGAGGGCCGUCUGAGCCUGGCCGCGGCCGCCGGCGACCCGUUCGCCUACCCGGGGGCCAGCGGACUCUACAAGCGCGGCUCGGUGCGCUCGCUCAGCACCUAUUCGGCCGCCGCGCUGCAGUCCGACCUGGAAGACUCGCUGUACAAGGCGGCGGGCGGUGGUCCGCUCUACGGAGACGGCUAUGGCUUCCGCCUGCCGCCCUCGUCACCACAGAAGCUGGCCGAUGUGGCGGCACCCCCCGGAGGUCCCCAGCCUCCACACAGCCCCUACUCCGGGCCGCCCAGCCGCGGCUCGCCAGUGCGCCAGUCUUUCCGCAAAGACUCGGGCUCCUCGUCGGUCUUCGCAGAGAGCCCCGGAGGCAAGACACGCAGCACCGGGGGCUCCUCGACAGCCGGAGCGCCCCCUCCGGAGCUCUUCCCUGGGCCUGGGGAGCGCCCUCUGGUUGGGUUUGGGCCACCGGUGCCAGCCAAGGACACGGAGACCAGGGAGCGCAUGGAGGCCAUGGAGAAGCAGAUUGCCAGUCUCACGGGCCUGGUACAGAGCGCACUACUACGAGGGUCGGAGCCUGAGACCCCUAGCGAGAAGAUUGAAGGCUCCAAUGGAGCAGGCACCCCCUCAGCACCUUGCGGGUCCGGCAGCCGGAGCAGCGGGGCCACCCCAGUGUCCGGCGCUCCCCCGCCCUCAGCCGGCAGCACUCCUGCGGGGCAGCCCACGGCCAUCAGCCGUUUGCAGAUGCAGCUGCACUUGCGUGGCCUGCAGAACAGCACCAGUGACCUGCGUAGCCAACUUCAGCAAUUGCGAAAGCUCCAGCUACAAAACCUGGAGUCGCUGCGCGCGCUGCUUAAGGGCACGGAGGCGGAGCUGAGCAUGCGCGUGUCGGAGGCGGCGCGGCGGCAGGAGGACCCGCUGCAGCGGCAGCGCACCCUGGUGGAGGAGGAGCGGCUGCGCUAUCUCAACGACGAGGAGCUCAUUACCCAGCAGCUCAAUGACCUGGAGAAAUCGGUGGAGAAGAUCCAGCGGGAUGUAUCCCACAACCACCGGCUGGUGCCGGGCCCAGAGCUGGAGGAGAAGGCACUGGUGCUGAAGCAGCUCGGGGAGACGCUGACCGAGCUCAAGGCUCACUUCCCAGGCCUGCAGAGCAAGAUGCGGGUGGUGCUCCGUGUGGAGGUGGAGGCCGUGAAGUUCCUGAAGGAGGAGCCACAGCGCCUGGAUGGGCUCCUCAAGCGCUGUCGUGGGGUCACGGACAUGCUGGCCCAGAUCCGCAGGCAAGUGGACGAGGGUGUGUGGCCACCCCCCAACAGUCUCCUGAAUCAGUCUCCCAAGAAGGUGACCGCUGAGACGGACUUCAACAAGAGCUUGGACUUCGAAAUGCCACCCCCCAGUCCUCCACUGAACCUCCACGAGCUGAGUGGGCCAGCCGAGGGAGCCCCUCCUACGCCCAAGGGGGGCAACCCCACCAAAGGCCUGGAUGCUACUGGCAAGAGAAGUGUGGACAAGGCCGUGUCUGUUGAGGCUGCCGAGCGGGACUGGGAGGAGAAGCGGGCCGCCCUGACCCAGUACAGCGCCAAGGACAUCAACCGGCUGCUGGAGGAGACCCAGGCAGAGCUGCUGAAGGCCAUCCCUGACCUGGACUGUGCGAGCAAGGCCCACCCAGGCCUGGCCCCCACCCCUGACCACAAGCCCCCCAAGGUCCCCCACGGCCAAAAGGCAGCCCCUCGGACGGAGCCCAGUGGAAGGAGGGGCUCAGAUGAGCUGACAGUGCCUCGGUACCGCACGGAGAAGCCCUCCAAGUCGCCCCCGCCGCCCCCGCCCCGCCGGAGCUUCCCUUCCUCCCACGGCCUCACCACCACCCGCACAGGAGAGGUGGUGGUCACCAGCAAGAAGGACUCAGCCUUCAUCAAGAAGGCAGAGUCCGAGGAGCUGGAGGUGCAGAAGCCCCAGGUGAAGCUGCGCCGAACCGUGUCCGAGGUGGCCCGCCCUGCCUCCACGCCGCCCAUCAUGGCCUCUGCCAUCAAAGAUGAGGACGAUGAGGACCGUAUCAUCGCGGAGCUAGAGAGCGGUGGUGGCAGCGUGCCGCCCAUGAAGGUGGUGACUCCGGGGGCCUCUCGGCUGAAGACAGUGCAGGGCCAGGCGGGCAGCCCCGACAAGGGCAAGCACGGCAAGCAGAGGGCAGAGUACAUGAGGAUCCAGGCUCAGCAGCAGGCCACUAAACCAUCUAAAGAGAUGAGCGGGUCAAAUGAGACCUCAAGCCCAGUCUCAGAAAAGCCCUCGGCUUCUAGAACCUCUAUCCCUGUAUUGACUUCCUUUGGGGCGAGGAAUUCUUCCAUCUCCUUCUAGAAGUCCCCUCCCACCUCCACCUCAGCCUGUUUCCCGGCCCCCCCCCCUGCCAUUUCUCUCCCUGCUCUUCUUCCCUUCAUCUCUACCCUACCCCUACCCUAUUCUCUGAGUCCUCUGAAGGGUUUGCCACAGGUGUGGCCCUCCUCAGCUCUCCACACCCAUCUCUUGUUGGUGUUUUUGGUUUUUUUAAAUGAUUCACUUUUAAUUAUCUUUUUUUUUUUUUUUAAAGCGAAACAGUAAAAGUAAAAACCAAAACACACCACCUUCCCUUGUUUUCCUGUUCCAAAAUGGUCCAUCUCCUGUCAUCCUCCUUCCCUUUUCUCUUCACCCACGCUUCCUCCCACAUCCAUCCUAAGGCCCCUGAACCCUAAGGUCCUUUCCUGAGAGCACUCCGAACAAACUCUGAGCCACGGAGACUUGGAGCGGCGAGAGGCCCCCUCCCCUUCCUCGGAAACCUUCCUGGAGGAAACUCUGGACGUUGGAGCAACCUCGCUUUCGGCCGGGCAGGGAGACUCUGGGCCUGGAGCGGCCCAACCACGCCGUGACUGAACUCUGUUGCUCUGCUCCCUGCUGCUCAUGCCUCUGUGGGCCUGGAGUCAAGAUGGAUAGGCUGCGGAAGGAGGCCAGGGUUGGGGGGUGAUUCUGGGGGCAGGCGUGAGGCCUUUGAAUCUGUGUGUCCUGGAAAGGAGUUGGCUUCCUGGGACUCCCUUCUUGUGGUGAGGAGCCGCCUGGCCUGUGCCGAGCAAGGAGCAGGCCCUUCUGGACAGUGGGUUGUGGGUGGCGGUGGGUUGAGCGGCCAGCCUGACCCUGGGGUCACUGCCCUAAAAGAGGGCAGCCCUGAGGAGGGCUAUUUGGUACUUUUGGUUUCCUAAUUUAGCACUUUAAAUGACAUUAACUUAUUUAAUGGGGGUAGGGUGGGCAAGAAUGAAGGGCCUAGAAAACUAGAUUUGGGGGCCUGGAGGGUGGGAAGGGUCUGGUGGUGAGGGAAGUGGGGGGGAUAGAGAGGGCUGAUGGGGGGGGCAGUGAGGGCAGCUCUGACCCAAAGGUCAAGCAACUUGACCUUUAACCAUCCUCUUUGAGAUUUGAGGGUUUUCAGGUAAGGGGGUGAGAUGAAUUUUAAAUGGGGAACUGGUGACCCCCGGUGAGAUCCCUGAGGGUCCCUGAGGCCUGACCAGGCAGCCAGCUACCCUAGACCUGGCCUGUGGAAGACUGCCUUGCAGAGGCUGAGCCAACGAGGCUUUUGAGAAUGUCCUGAGAAGGGGAUGAAGAACAAAUUUUGAUUCUCAACCCAAGGCCCCCCAGAGGGCACAGUGAGGGGCCCGCAGGUGGGGAGGGGGGUUAUGUGGGUGGGGGAUGAGGAGGCAGAUAGAGCAGGGCCCCUGGGGAGCAGGAUUCCUAUUUGGAGCACAAAGCUGGGUAAGCACAGGGGAGGGCUGGGGAGUAAUCUCCCUGCAUAAGCACAGAAAGAAGGAGCCAUUGAAGGGGCAGACCCUCCUAGUCCCUGGGGCCUGGCUGGAAGGUCAGUGUUUGGGGAGAGCCUGGGGAGCCAUUGAGGGCUGGGGAGGGAAGGGAGACUGGGGUUGUGUUUCUUCAUUUUCUUUUUGUUUUGUUUCGUUUUUGUUGGUUCAUCCUUGUUUUCUAGCUUUGGAUCAUUUUUGUACAAAGGCAAGCAGGCCUUUUUGAAAAAUAACAAAAGAAGAGGAAAAAAAAAUCCCUCCUGGAAAAAAAAAAACCCCUUGGAAAAUAGGAAAAAAAAAAAAAAAGGACCUCAUCAAUGAUGCAAUUACUUUUAAUUGCAGGCAACUCUUUACAUUUAAGUGAAGUGUCUUAACAUUUUAUAUUGUUUUAAAAAUAUAUUUACAUAUUAUAUAUAUAUAUAAUAUACGUAAUAUAAAUAUAUAUAAAUAUUUAAAAAAGAAAAAAAAAAAAAACCGCGGCGCUCCCUCCCCGCCGCUGUUUUGGCGGGGGAGGGGGGCUGGAGGAUGGGCACAUCGGCCUGGCUUCCGUGGUCCAGUGAAAUGGUUUGGUUUGAUUUGGCUGUACAGAGACCCCCUGACUGGGAGGGGCGGGGGGAGUGGUGCCCCCUCCUCCCUCCACUCCAUUACUCUUUGCUUGCUACUUUUCGCUUGCCCCCACCCGGAGCCCCUGUGACCUGAAUGUGUGCCCCACCGUCUUUGUCCUGAGUUGAAUGUCCCCCUGUGGGGGGAGGAGGAGGUGUCCGUCCACGAGGGGAGGAGGAGGUGUCCGUCCACGAGGGGCAGACGGAGGGAGCUGUGGGCCCCACUCCACCGGCUCAAGGAGCGCCCAGUGGGACUUGCAUCUUUCUUUCCCUUUGGUUCCUGCCCAUUUCUGGGCUGAGAGGCGUUUGUGUGCAGUCGCGCGCAGCCUGUGUGUGUGUGUGUGUGUGUGUGUGCGCGCGCGCGCGCGCGCACAUACACACUUGCCCGUGCACACAGGGAAGCGUGUGUGUGCACAGGUGUGACCUAAGACAACGUGUGCGCGGGGAGGCGUGUGCACUCGGUGCAUGUUCCCUGCUGGGGCUUCAGCACGCGCCCACCUGCAUGCUGGUGCAUGAGAAGGUGUGUAGUGUGUGUGUGUAUGUGUGUGUGUGUGUGUGUGUGCGCGCGCGCGCAGACAUGCGCGGCUGCGCGUGGCUUGUAUGCGUGCGGGCCACAUAUGCGCCGACAGAGGACUAUACAUGGAGAUGCAUGCGAUCUGUAUGUGUGGGCGUGUGCGUGUGCACAGUUGUGUGGACCCAGGCGUGUGGGAGUGCCUGCGUGUGUGUUCCAUCGACCCUGCAGCCCUCGCUUUGGCGCCCCUCCAGAGCCCCCGGCCCUCCCAAAGCCCGCAGCACGUCACUGCCCCCGCAUCCCCCCAGCUGCAUGCGCCUCGCUGCUCUGUCCAUCAGUGUGUGCUUGACCAAGAGAAAACUAAGACGUCGGGGGGAUCCCUGUACCUGGUCCCCCCGCCCCUGCCCACUGUGCUGUGUUACUCGCAUGGGGGGUUCCUCUCCCGCCCCUUCCACAAUAUGCUGUUUCCCCAGGAGCCUCCGGGCCCAAGGCUCUGAGAGGGGGCCCAGGUGGGCCCCCCCCCCCCGGGGGCUGAGCCCCGCCUCCGCACCCUGCCCCAUCCACCCCGUAGGGCCUGUGUUGGUGUAGCAGUGAUGGCUUCUGUGGAUAUUCUGUGACCUCUGUCAGUGUAACUUGACAAUUUCUAAAUGGAAAAGGGUUGCUGUGUUUUCUGUCUCUCUUUUUUAAUGUCCUUUUUCUUCUCACUUCUCCGCUCUCUUUCCUUUCCAGUUUUUCUAGCCGAGUGUUUGGGGCUUAAAUAAAACUUGUUUCUUUUUCCUCUCCUGGA